GCCAUCGUCUCAACCAUGAAGCUGAUUUUGAUCUUCAGUGCCCUCCUCGGGGCUUCCUUGUGCCUGAAAACUUUUGUUGGGCACCAGGUUCUCCGAAUCCAGGCAAGAAAUGAGGAGGAGGUUGAGCAGUUGAGGCUGUUGGAAUCACUGGAACACCUUGAGCUUGACUUCUGGAUCAGUCCCUCCACCCCUGGCCGACCUGUGGAUGUGCGAAUCCCUGCUAACAAUGUCCAAGCAGUCAAAGCCUUCCUGGAAUCCAAUGGAAUUGAGUACUCCAUCCUGAUAGAAGACCUGCAGGCUAUUCUGGAUAAAGAAAAGGAAGAUAUGGCCUACAGCAAACAAUUGGAGCGCAGCAGUGACAGCUUCAGCUAUGCAAUAUACCACACUUUGGAAGAACUUUAUGAAGAGCUGGAUCACAUUGCCUAUGAGUUCAGCAAAAUUGUCAAGAAGAUCAAGAUUGGGGAAUCCUAUGAAAAGAGGCCAUUGUAUGUGCUCCAGUUCAGCACUGGAGGAAGCAACCGUCCUGCAAUCUGGCUGGAUGCUGGUAUCCAUUCCCGGGAGUGGGUUACUCAAGCAUCUGCCAUAUGGAUAGCUAGAAAGAUCGCCUCUGACUAUGGGAAGGAUCCAUCCAUCACCUCUCUGCUGGACAAAAUGGACAUUUUCCUGCUGACAGUCACAAACCCUGAUGGAUAUGUGUUCACUCACACCUCGGAUCGCAUGUGGCGGAAGACUCGCUCCAAGAUUCCAGGCAGUUUGUGUUACGGAGUUGAUCCAAACAGGAACUGGGAUGCAGGUUUUGGAGGUCCUGGAGCCAGCAGUUACCCCUGUUCUGAAUCUUACCACGGGCCCAGUGCCAACUCAGAGGUGGAAGUUAAAUCUGUUGUCAACUUCAUCAAGAACCAUGGAAACAUCCGGGCCUUCCUCACCCUCCACAGCUACUCACAGCUCCUGAUGUACCCCUAUGGCUACAAAUGCACGGAGCCAGCAGACCACGCCGAGCUGGAUGCCUUGGGAAGAGCUGCUGCCGAUUCCAUCCGCUCCCUGUAUGGCACCAGCUUCCAAGUUGGGAGCAUCUGCAAAGUUAUCUACCGUGCCAGUGGAGGCAGCAUAGACUGGAGCUAUGAUUAUGGUAUCAAAUACUCUUUUGCCUUGGAGCUGAGAGACACAGGGCGCUAUGGGUUCCUCCUGCCAGCCAACCAGAUUAUCCCCACCGCCAACGAGACCUGGCUGGGGCUGAAGACCAUCAUGGAGCACGUGCGAGACAACACAGACUAAAAGCUGGGGUGGGCAUCAGCAAGCUCACAAAUCCUC